AUGGAGCUGCGAGAGCUGCAUCUGUGGCAGCUCCAGCGGCUACAGCACAGUGGCUUGAAGAGAGGAGGACAGUCAGAGAAAAGAGAGAAGGCGCGAAGGGAGGGAGGAAGGUGGAAAAUGUGUGUGAGGAGGGGGGAAGAUACAUGUGUGAGGAGGGCGCGGAAGAGACGUGUGCGAGGAGGGGGAGAUACGUGUGUGAGGAGGGGGAGAUUCGUGCGUGAGGAGGGGAAGAGAUACGUGUGUGAGGGUGAGAAGAUGGGGGGGGGGGGGGGGGGGGGGACAGGGGACGGGUUCCUGCUUCUUCUUCUGAGGCCAAACAGCCACGAGGUCGAGUCUGUGGUGGGGACACUGUGGGAAUGCGCAGUGGGUGGGGUCUCCUGGUGGCGUUCGGCAGCACGAGGAGACUCUCACAUGGAGUGUGGUCUAAGUGGACCACAGCCUCAGUUUGGGAGAGACGGCCUCAGCGUGGGAGAGAUGGCCUCAGUUUGGGAGAGACGGCCUCAGUGUGGGAGAGACGGCCUCAGUGUGGGAGAGACGGCCUCAGUGUGGAAGAGAUGGCCUCAGUGUGGGAGAGACGGCCUCAGUUUGGGAGAGACGGCCUCAGUGUGGGAGAGAUGGCCUCAGUUUGGGAGAGACGGCCUCAGUGUGGGAGACUGA